AUGGUCGAAAAUGGUGGUGAGGAAAUGGCACGUUCCAUGUGGCAGAAACUGGUCUCCUCAGAGGCAGCCAUCUACCAAGAUCACAAGAUCUUUCUGAUAGUCGACGGGUUGAAUAAAAUCAACCCGGCGGAGUCUACGAAGGUCAUCACUGCUCUGAAAGAAUGGGCGCAUCUCGCCAACGGGAAUGUCAAGAUCUGUAUAUCCAGCUGCGGGGAGAAGGUGUUCCAGGAGGCAUUGGGAUCCUCUCCCGGGUACAAUCUCGACAAGGUCAACUUCAUCAACCUCUUAUGGCUUUUCCAGUGCAUGGAAUGGCUGGUCGCACAGGAGAUUCCUUUCUUUUGUGAGCAUGUUGGCGAGCUUGACGCUGCGCUUAAGAAGCUUUCCGAGCGUCGGUGGCUGGAGUCCUGUGAGCCGCGGGAACUCACGCUCACGCCUUCGGAAAGGGACUGCCUCAAGGCGAUCUUCGUUGAUAUGGAGGAGUCGCAACGUGAAUCGCGAUACUUUUGACGGUCUUGCCUCGUUGGAAGGCUAGAGCUUUUCAGUUUUCAGGGAUAAAUAUACUAUACCAAUAGACUUCGCUUCGGAAAUUAUAUGCACUGUGAUUGAUACCGACCUGGAGUGGGUUUUCCUUUCUCUGGUUUGCACUCUUUGUUGUUUAUCGCUUUGUCUUUUCCUCCUACGUCGUCGUGUAUAUGUAAGUAGGUGUAUCGGUGGGAUUGACCUCUGGGAGCGACUGCAGAUCCAUUUGGUGUACUGUACAGCGAUUGGUAUUAACGGUAUAUGUUUAUGGAAACAGUGGCGCAGAGGAAACAUGUCUCGUUUGAGAAUCACGCCCCGGCGCUCGCUCGCUUGCUUGGGUUCUUGUCCGGGAUUGAUUCGGUCAGAC